GAAUCGUUUUGCACGCAGGGAGAUCAUAGACCACUUUAUUUGCAUACAUGGCUGCGUAUUUGUAUGGAGUAGGUAUGUUCUCCUAGACUCACCAUCCCUGUACCGGAUAACGCUGGUGGCCCGGCAGCCCGCCCUCGCCCCCGACUGCCGAGGUAAGUCGGGCACUGGUAAUGAAGUCAUCAAAAACGGCGAUGGCUCCCCCUUCUCCAGCGUUUGUAACGUGCCGUCCACACCAUUUCCUAUAACCCUUUUGCAUCUUUAACAGGAUGGCAGACGCGGCGGCCGUAGCGGCAGACGGGGCAACAGUUGCCCCCGGAAGCAGCGAGACGGGCCGUCUCGUGGCCCCACCGGUGUCCCUUCCUGAGCGCCUCAAGUACUCCCUCAUCGCGUUUGUGCUGCAAAAGUUGCUCACAAACUCGAGGCUAUGGAUCAAGGCGACCAAGAAGUAUUUCGUCCCACCAGAUCCCAAUGAGCCCGACCUGGUCAAGACCUACCCAGUGCGGAAGUCUCUGCCAAUUCGCAUCUUCUUCCCACCGGGCCACAACCCCUCCACCAAGGGGGCCACCAGCACCAAACUCCCCACCCUCCUAACCAUCCACGGCGGCGGCUUCGUCGUCGGCAGCGCCAACGACAACGACAACUGGAACCGCACCUUCUCCACACGGAACUCCUUCUUGGUAGUCGCGCUCAACUACGCCAAAGCGCCUGGCAACCCCUUCCCGGGCCCCAUCUACGACGUGGAGACGCUGAUCGGGUGCGUCCUCUCCGACUCCUCGCUCCCGGUCGACACCAACCGCGUCGCGCUAGCGGGGUGGUCGGCGGGCGGCAACCUCGUCCUCGCAGCGAGCCAGCUGCCGUCGUUGCAAGGCCGCAUCCACGCCGCCGUGCCCUUCUAUCCGCUAACUGACCGCACGACAACGAGCGAGCAGAAGGCGCGCGGCAGGCGGUAUAAACCGGCCCUGGGCGGGUUCAGGGGCAAGGACGAGGAUUUCCUGCUCGCCAUGAGCGGGCUGUUCAACUGGGCUUAUUUGAACCCCGGCACGAGGCUGGAUGACCCGCUCCUUGCGGGCAGGAGGAUACCCGGGCUGGACGAGGUGGUUGGGCGGCAGGAGGAGGCCGGAAAGGGGGUGUUGAUCACGGAGGGGGACGAGAGAUUUGCGUGGGAGACGACCAGGGAGGAUGGGUCGCGCUACCGCUGGUUGCUGGUUCCGGAUACGAUACACGGGCAUGAUCAGGAUAAUAUCGACCGUCUGGUCAAGGAUCCCGUGCUCAUGGAGGACGCGAGGAUCAAGAAGGUCAAGGUGAUAGACUUGGUCGGGCAGUGGCUGUUGGAUGGGCCUUUGAGGCCGAAGGCUCGAUCAUGAUAGGAGUUUGAUGAUCAUUGCGGUUCUCAUCGACACACUGAUAGCAGCGUCACACAACAUCAACCGUACAGUACUACCCAAUUGCGAAGAGGGUGUUCUUUCACACAAGAUCUCCAAGUCCUCUAGAUGGGCUGUGCCAAGUCAUGCCAUACCAUAUCUCCCAGUGAGAACAAAGAGGUGCCAGGAAUACAGCUCAAGAUAUGAUCCAGCCUCGGUGAAUAGUACCUUCGUUCUUCG